GUUCUAAGGGCGACAACAGCCGAAUCCUUGGAGUUGUUGUUCUCUCGCCCUGGAGUGUCUGCCACCUACAGCUCCUUGGAAUGGCAGCGAUGGUACCAGGAAUGGGUUACGAUUGAGGACGUAGCCACCGUAGCCACUGUCAUGGAACUUAAGGUCGGUGGAUAUGUCCUGAACGACGCUGGGGUGAUGCUUUCCGGAUACGACGGCAAACGAGAAGCCUAUGACUUAGCUCCUCUGGUGGGUGUCCGUUUCGAGGACACUGCAGGUGGCUUCCUGGAGUUUGAGUUGCUGGGGCGACUUCUGGAACAGGCACUGAUUCAAAUGCUGGAGAAGGUGGCUGAAAAGACCAACCGCCCCAGGAUUAUCACCAAGGCGGAGGUCUGCAAGAUGCUGCAGAGCGGCCACAAUGUGGUCGGCUGCGAGUACCGCAAGGUGGGCAAGGUGGUGAAGGAGUACGGACCCAUGAUCUUGGCAUCCGGAGGCGCAAGAGAUGGAGCCUCCAACUCACCCAGCGACAAUCUACAAGUCGCUUCGGUGGAAUUCGUGGGAGCUUUGGCGGAUGGAUGUGAUACAAGCAGUCUGACGCAAAGACGGCUGAACGUCUACAUCGUUGUACGCACCUUACGAUUUCCGAUAACCCAACCUUGUUUGCGUCAGAUCAAUGCGGUUUGUUUCGCCAAAGGUGGUGUCUGCUCCGUAGCAGACGGAGCCAGUCAACUGGUUCACGUGCAAAGCGCAAGCACCGCCCUGGCGAGCCACAAUCGCCUCCAGGCCCCGGCGAGCCAUAAUCGCCCCCAGGCCCCGGCGAGCCACAAUCGCCUCCAGGAGAUGGAGCAGAAACAUUACAGUCUCAUGAACAUGAAGCUUGGAAAGGCAGCAACCAAAAAAAGCAACCGCGACAACAAAGGAAUUGGAAACUAUGAGGAACAAGGCCUGAAGGUGCAGCCACAGGAAGCAGCAGGCGUAGAGCUUCCUUGGGACGACGCGCGGCAGCUGGUAGAAGCAAUCGUACUGUCUCGAGUUGACACACCAGAUGAUGCAGUAAAGGUGCUCGGACAGAGUUGGGUGCCAACUUGGGACGGCUGGAAAGAAUUGCGCCAAUGUGCGACAGAGCGCUGCUGUGUUGCAAUCGCAGAGCGACUGUGCGACAUCGCCCAGCAAAAUGCCCCUUACCAAAGCAAGACCGACACCCAAGCAUUGCAGGCUUUGGCGUCCGAAGGGUUCAUGUGGCGGAAAGCGCUGUCACACGGCGUGAAUAACUGCUUGAUCGAUUCCCUGAUGUUGUGCCUGUCGUAUGAACACAUUUUGCCUAAUAACUUAACAACAGAUGUCACAGCAAGGCGACGCGUUGCAGCUGCAUGCAGAAAGCAUUUGAUUCAAGAGAUUGGGGACGAAGUGGCUCCAGGCAGCAAUGGGCUUUUCCCGUUCCUGGAUGCGCAUCGGGAUGGCCCCAGAAUUGUAGACUUUUUGUUCCAUUGGUUUCGCGUUGUUGCGCGCACGAAUAUGCUAAUUCAUGUGCAUGACAGAUUUGGUGAGCAGGCUGCAGGUGCAGACUGGAAUAAAAUUGCAGUGAACCUUGGCCAUAGGUACCCACAACAGACUGUUUUGCAGCUACACAUUUAUAACCACACUUCUGUUCGGGGUAGAGGGUAUCAUUUUGAUAGCUUGCUCCCGAUCACUGGGCGUGAAGCCGAAUCAAAGAAAAAGAGAAGCCGUACCGUAGCGGCCACCAACGCAAUGAAGAUAGAAGCAGAGUCCGUUCUGACAGGAGCGGAACUCAAUGAUUUGCAGCGAGAGCCGCAGAGAAACGGUGGCACACCUGAGAAGCCGAGUUGUAACAAGGAGGCAGCAGAGCAGCAAGCAGAUCAAAGAGCAGAAGCCGUAUUUGCAAAGAUGGCGUGGUACUUUCAUGGCACGACUUUCGCGACAUCCUGGCUUGAUGCGCUGCUGGCAAAUCUGAUUUUUCAUGGAUAUAUGUUACAGUUUCCAGAUUUGCUUGCGCGUCAGGAUGCACGCUUUCACCUAUGUAGAACAUGCCAGGCAAGUUUAGAACCGGAGCAACUAGAGAGCGACAAAGCCUUCGACUUACAGCAUCAUCUCGCGAAGGCAAUUUUGUUUUUCACAAGUAGGAGCCGAGAUGAGGUGAAUGCUGAGGUACAUGUGUACGAUUCAACUACCACUGACCUCAGUGUACCGCAUGAAGUUUAUACCAUCGGUCGACUUGACAGCUUGCUGGUGCCAGUCUUCCGCCUCUAUCGCUACAAAAAUGGCCGUUACGCUGCCUUGUUGCCUGCUAACCCAGCAGAACGGCCUGUGUUCACAAGUGGCGACUUGCAUAAAGCAGCCCAAGGUAGCAAACAAAACGACAUGAAUGCAACGUGCACUGUAGCGCCAUCGACAAAUUCGUUUGGAACAAGUGGCUGCGCUGCCGGCAUAGGUACUGGGAAACGAUUGUCAGAUGGUUCAAUGGAGACAGCUCAGAAGGAAAAUGUCGGUCACAAGACGGCUGCAAUAGAUGCAGCUGCUACCUGCUCUUUGCACAGCACAUCAGCCGAGAGACAAGAACCAACUAGUACCAGUGAAGUGAAUCUGAGCAGUAAUGCGCGAAAACGGAAGGCAACGCAGCAAGAUGCAAGUGCAAGCCCACUGCGCAAAACAGAGAUGAAUGUGCCUCCUCGCCGUGUGCGCCACAAAGCACCGCCGGUCGGAUCAACAACAGCACCACCAUCUGGAACUGGUUCGCUGCAAG